GCGAUUCGUGUUUUCGUGUGAGUUGGCAGUUUGGCCAAUUAUACAAUGUGCGAGAAGAGGUGACAUUUGAGCAACUAAAACAAUGCAGUGGGAAGCAAUUACAGUCCAUUUUCUCCUGCUACCCGGUGCUGUUGUUUUCUUGGAUUCACCCUCAGCCCAAACGCGUACCUGUAAGUUCAGUGACACUUGGAGUUUGUGCUGAAACUCGGAUAAAGAGAUUGUGCGUGUUUCUGCUGGACAGCUGCAGCAGCUGCUCCGUCCUCCCUCCAGAAACAGCGACGGUAGGAAGACGUUUUAGCGACGGUGGCAAGAGAUACGUGCAUGUUGCGUACUUGUCCUUUUUUAGUAUCAUCAGUCCACUGUGCACAGAGAGGUUAUAGUCCUCUAAAGUCGGCAGCUGAGGCCCUUUAUGGUUUUUCGCCUCCACAGUAGAUGAACAUGGAAGUGGAUCUUGAUGGAUUAUUUCACCAGAACGACACCUUCGACUACGAUAACUAUGAGUAUAAAGACGACUUUGAGACAAGCGCCAUUGAAGGAGUGUCGAUCCCGGUUCUGUACUCCGUGGCGCUGGUUAUAGGUCUGCUGGGGAAUGGACUCCUCCUGGCCGUCCUGGCUCAGAAGAGGCGUAACUGGAGUAUAUCAGACACCUUCAUCCUCCACCUGAGUGUCGCCGACCUGCUGCUGCUGGGGAUGCUGCCCUUCUGGGCGGCACAGGCCACUCAAAGUGGAUGGUGCUUUGGGAGUUUUCUUUGCAAGAUCAGUGGAGCUGUCUUUAAUAUCAACUUCUACUGUGGGAUCUUUCUGCUGGUUUGCAUCAGUCUGGAUUGCUACCUGUCCCUCGUCCCCACCACCCAGCUGUACUCCCAGAAGAAGCCCAGGUUGGCUCACAUCAGCUGCCUGUCGGUGUGGCUCGGCUGCCUGAUCCUCACCAUCCCUGACUGUGUUUUCCUGGUGGCCCAUCGUGAUCAUGCACAAGCUAAAACACUGUGUGUUCACUGCUACUCUCAGUCACUAAUUUACUGGGAGCGGGUGUCACGCCUGCUAUACCACACGCUGGGCUUCCUGCUGCCUGCAGCCGCCCUGAUCAUCUGCUGCUCCUGCAUCCUGCUGCGGCUGCAGCGCUGCUCUGAAAGCCUCCAGAAGAAGAGGGCCGCGAUGGUUGUCCUGCCCCUUGUAGCGGUCUUCCUUCUCUGCUGGACACCGUACAACAUCACACUCAUUGUGGAAACCUUCAGAAGCAGCUCUAAGGGAACUGAUAAUGUUGUGUGUAGUAAUCCUGAACGUUCCCUGAAGAAAGCUCUGAAGGUCACUUCUGCUCUGGGCUGCAUCCACGCCUGCCUCAGGCCUCUGCUCUAUCUCGGCCUGUGUGGAAACUUUAGGAAACGGACACUGGCCAUGUUGAGACGUGCUACAGAUGUGUCUAAGAGCUCGCUGUGGGAGUUAGGUGUGGGCGAGGAGGCCCUGCCUGACCCGAAUCAGGAUGCGGAAGAGCUGAAAUCGAUGACGAGUGUGGAACAUCAGGUGCAGUCCAGUCAGUGCUGAUUACUGGACUAAAAUGCCCUCCUGUGACUCAGAAGUGACCCGAGGAAAGCUCCACCCCUGAGGGGAAUUUAGUGUUAAGUCAUGUCAUGGGUUCAAGGGAUGAAAGACUUUGUGAUGACAGAAGGAUCAGAAAUAGAUAUUUAUAAUGAAAAAUGACUGUUUCCCAUUGCACUUUAAUGUGAGAGUUUCCGAGCCACGUCAUGGUGUCAUGUACUGUUGUACUUUUAUUUUGCCAUCACUGUUGCGCAACUUUAGCUUGUCAUAAAUCAUGAGUUUUUUAUUCACUUGUACAUAUCUGUAUUUUUAUUGUGUAUUAUUAUUAGUAUUGAAACUAAACUAAAAUACUUUUUUGUUCCACAAUCAUCAUAAAGCUAAGGGUGGAAAUGAAUAGGAAUAUAAGCUCUAGUGAAAAAGAUAUAAUAUAAUCCUUGUCAGUGUUAUUGUAUCUUCCAUUAAAUGGUCCGACAGAUUUUAUAACUUCAUUGCUGAUAACACAAACUGUUUGUACUUCAUGUUAUCUUCUUACCGUCAGGCAGUAAAGACUGUGGAUUCCACGAUUGCGCAGUGUGUGUGUGUGUGUGUGUGUGUGUGUGUGUGUGUGUGUGUGUGUGUGUGUGUGUGUGUGUGUGUGUGUGUGUGUGUGUGUGUGUGUGUGUGUGUGUGUGUGUGACCACAGGAAUUUCCCUUUGGCGAAUCCCACUGACUUUUUGACUUUGUUUCAACAUGGCCGUGUGGUCUGUCGGCCACUGGAUGACACAAACAGCUGGUGAUGUCAUCAGUCAGGUGACAGAGAGCGAGGAGGAGGAGGACAGGAAACAAAGCUCUCUGUUGGUGUGGCAGGCGUUUCAUAGCGCUCUCCGUUUAAUCUUGUUUAAAUACAUGUGUGUUUGUUUUGUUGAGAGAGAGAGAGAGAACAGUGGCUUUAUGUAUAAGCCCAGUUGUCUGUGUAAAUCUCACACUGCAUGUUGUGUUAUAUUUGUGGUUUCACUUCCACGAGGCCGUGCAGGUUACGGCCUACAAGGCACGCUGGAUUUCUGCAGGAUAAUAAUGUGUUCAUUCAGAAACUCAAUGUACAGUCAUUGCACACAAGGAAAUGAAAUAAAUGUGUGAUCUAAUCUA